UUUCUUGCGUUCAAUUUUAUUAAUGUCACGGACUUCUACCGGCUAAUUGUCAACGUGUUUCGGAUCGUUGCAUUUGACGACCAACUAUGGCCCCCAUACCUCAAUCAACUGCCCCGGGUGUCAAUGCAAUUCUUCUGGGCCCACCAGGCUCAGGAAAAGGGACGCAGGCCCCUCUCCUAGCUGACAAGUACCAGGUGUGUCAUCUGUCCACAGGUGAUAUGCUGAGAGCUGUAGUUAGCUCUGGGUCUGAGCUGGGAAAGAGAGUGAAGAAGGUGAUGGAUGAUGGCAAGCUGGUGUCAGACGAGUUGGUUGUUGAGAUGAUCAACGACAGCCUGGACAAGCCGGCGUGUCGAAAGGGAUUCCUGCUGGAUGGCUUUCCGCGCACCGUGAAACAGGCUGAGGCACUGGACAGCCUGUUGGAGACCAGAAAGACGAAGCUCCACUCAGUCAUUGAGUUUGCGAUUGACGACUCUCUGCUAGUGAGCCGAAUCUGUGGCCGACUGAUACACAAAGCCAGCGGCCGGUCCUACCAUGUAGAGUUCAACCCUCCGAAGAAACCCAUGAUUGAUGAUGUGACUGGUGAGCCGUUGAUACGUCGCUCGGAUGACAACGAGCAAGCCUUGAUAGCCCGCCUCGAUGCGUACCACAAGCAGACAAAGCCACUUGUGGACUUCUACAGCAAACGGGGCAUUCAUACGGCUGUGGACGCCUCCAAGGCCCCAAAUAUUGUUUUUGACGCAAUCAAGAAGGCCUUUGAAAAUGCAACGGGCUACUGUUUAAGAGCCAGCAAUAAGCAAUAGAUUUUGAUGCUUUACUUGUAACUUUGUGAUGCUAUUUGUUUGGAGAAGAUUCUUUCAGUUAUGAUAAGAAAAUUGAAAAAUAGUAUUUGUUUUCCUAUUAGCAAGUUACUAGUGACAUUAACCAAAGGCCUAUACUUAUAAUAUUUCUACAUUUAUUGCUUUAAGAUAAUUUUUAGAUGGUAAUUCUUUUCACUUUGUAUUGUUUAACAUUGAUUAUAUUGGUGCACUGUGUAUUUUACUUUAAGUUUUAUUCUUGAAAGCUUUACUGUUAUUGCUGUAUAUCAAAUAAAAAAUGUAAUUGCACUUAGUUUGAAGCACCAAAUUAAAUUCAUUCCUCAUUCAUUAUAUUAUCAUAUAUUCAUUAUAUUGUGGACCAAUCAUUUGCAAUUUGGUUUAGCAAUGCAAACUACGCCCUAGUUCUGGAUCCAAUACAUGAGCCGGGCACCUCCCCAUUGUCAAGUAGACCCUCUUGAUUAUGAGGCAAAGGUCACUCCUAACUUAUGGAGCCUUGUUUAGGAAAAUUGGGCUAAAUGCAUGUCUGUAAAGUGUUUGCACAGGCUUAUCAGGGACAACACCUAACACUUUUAUGGAAUUUUUCACUAAAAGGAAGUCUGUUCGAAACAAAAAUUUAGUCCCAGCUGAAACGCAGGCUGCACAGGCUUAUCUUGAGUGACACGAUGCACAUGCAUUAAGCCCAGUUUUCCCACACUGCACAUGCAUUAAGCCCAGUUUUCCCACACUGCACAUGCAUUAAGCCCAGUUUUCCCACACUGCACAUGCAUUAAGCCCAGUUUUCCCACACUGCACAUGCAUUAAGCCCAGUUUUCCCACACUGCACAUGCAUUAAGCCCAGUUUUCCCACACUGCACAUGCAUUAAGCCCAGUUUUCCCACACUGCACAUGCAUUAAGCCCAGUUUUCCCACACUGCCCAUGCAUUAAGCCCAGUUUUCCCACACUGCACAUGCAUUAAGCUCAGUUUUCCCACACUGCACAUGCAUUAAGCCCUGUUUUCCCAGAACAUGGCUCAAAUAUCCCUUCUGCUCAUUAUCUACACCAGACAUUCAUAUUCACUUGCAUGUGUUCACGAGAAUGGCUCAAUGUUACAUUCCAAUUAUGUUUAUAGUGUGCGUGUACUUUGUACUGUGUCAUUAUUAGAGAAUACACAUAUUAUGGUGGUGUUCAUAACAAAGUGAAAUAAAAGUAAUAUGACUGUGUAGGCACUUAAAUAAAAAAAUCAGCGAUAUUUAAUUAAAGCAGCUUGUUCUGAUAUUUUUGUAUUUUUUAGCUCGACUAUUAUAUAUGAAAUAUAUAUAUAGUGGAGCUAUCAUACUCACCCUGGCGUCGGCGUUCCCGUUAGCGUGCAAAUGUUAAAGUUUGCGUACUACCCCUAAUAUUUCCUAUGUCCUUUGUUAUAUUGCUUUUAUAUUUUGCAUACUUUUUUACCAACAUGACCCCAAUCUAUAAACAAGAGCAGACAACUGUAUCAAGCAUUUUGACAGAAUUAUGGCCUCUUUUAUACUUAAAAUCUGCAUAUUAUUGAUAAAUCUAUGUUAAAGUUUCCGUACCAUCCUCAAAUAUUUUCUAUGUCCUUUGACAUAUUGCUUUCAUAUUUUGCAUACUUCUUCACCAACAUGAUCCCAAUCUAUGAACAAGAGUAGACAACUGUAUCAAGCAUUUUGACAGAAUUAUGGCCCCUUAUAUAAUAAGAUAAUUGAACAUUUUGCUUAAAUUGCCAUAACUUCUUUAUUUAUGAUCACAUUUGAUUCAUCCUUUGACAAAACAAAACUUACCUGACAUACCACAAUGCACUCCACCCAACCAUCUCCCAUGCCCCACCCCAGAAUCCCCACCCCCCCACACACACAAAUUUUGUUUUCCUUAUUUUUGAAAGAUCAUCUAUUAAACGACCACACACCCACAUUAUACCCCCCCCCCUCCAUGAUGGCUUACGUUAUACUGUCAAGCACUCGAAAAGUCGAGCGGCUGAUCUCUGACAGCUCUUGCUGAUAAAUAUCAUUAAAUGAGUUUUCUGAAAAAUUGUUAUAUUUUCAGUUUUUAAUAAUUAUAAUCAGAAGGAAAACAAUUAAAUAAAAAGUGCCUGCCUUGGGGUUCGAACCCCGGUCCUCUAGAAGUAAAAGCGAAUGGGUUGCAAGUAAAUCACACAGGCUUUUGAUUGUAGAUGGUAGCUUUAAAGACAAAUGCAUUUAUUUAUGGAAAAAUUAUUGAUUCAAGGGAAAUGUAUUUAUUUUUGUAUUAAUGAUGUUCAUUAAUGAUCAACUAUUUGUAACUUUGUUCUUUGGAAUGUUAUUGUUUGAAUGUAAUGCAAACGCACUUGUUAACAAUUUCGAUUUAAGUUUUGAAUAUUUGAUAUACAUUUUGUAAUUUCUUAAGUUUUUAUCCAAUCUUCAUGAACAAUUACACAAAUGUUCCAUAGAGCGUCUUCUACCCAAACAUCGGUACAUACUUCCCCUUCACUGCACACUAUAGUCAUCAUAGCACAAAAUAAAAGACAUGUGUCUAAUCACUUUUAUUUUCAUACCCUAUGGUAAUACAUUUAAUUAAUUUAAAAAUGUUUACAAAAUAUAUGAGCCUUGUUCUGAGAACUGGGCUUAAUGCAUUUGCGUAAAGUGUCAUCCCAGAUUAGCCUGUGCAGUCCGCACAGGCUAAUCAGGGACAACACUUUCUGCCUAAACUUGAUUUUCCGCAAGAAGGGACUUCCUUGAAACUAAAAAAACCAUAAAAGCGGACUGCACAGGCUAAUCUGGGACGACACUUUACGCACAUGCAUUAAGCCCAGUUUUCUCAGAACGCGACACAUAUGUAUACAUGUUAAACCAAUUCGUUUCUAAUCAAGCUGAAUAGUAACAAUAAAGUGAGGCUUGUAGGUGGUUUUUGAUUUGUUCCGGAAUUUUCUGUUUGUAAAGAAGUAAAAUGGGAAACAAGAAAUGUUCAUUAAAUUGUACGAAUAUACUGAAUGUCCAAGGGUAAUAUAUUCUGACAUAUCAUGAAAUGUUGAACAAGACAAUAUAAAUAAAAGUCAUAUUUGUGUUUGCUUGCUUUAGUACGCAAUAAUAUACAGGGUAGUACAUUAAACCUUUUCACCACAGUU